AUGGUGUCAUUCGAGCCAGGAGGAGCGAAUGCUAAUGCCCAAGGCUGGCAACAUCCUUUGAGGCAUAUUGCAAGGCGUCCUGAUGUCACCCCGAAUAUCUUCUGCCUCAGUAGAGCCUUCCACUUCAUGCUAAUUGGUCAACGUGAUCGUGAGGAUGCCAUCCGCAUACGACAGGUUCACCGAAUUCUUUCUCCACUUGAGUUCGAUAUUAUCCGCCGGGCAAAGAUUGAUUGUUUUGGUACCUUAUUUUGGACUUUCUUUGGGGCACCCAGAGGUCACGUACAGAGAUACGGAAGAGAGAGCCUACAAAAUCAUCUGAGUACUGAAUACUGCCCCGAAGACCCGAAAUCAAGUUCAAAUACUGUCAUGCCUCGAGAGUCUCAACACAACGGAACCUCUCGGGUAACCCACGACUAUUCUAGGGGCAAUGAGCCAUGGGGUUGGCUGCCCACCACUGGUGGUUACGUAAACGACGCCUACGCCCCUACUUCUGACGAUCCCAUCGACCCUUCACUGUUAUCUCACACGCAAACGAGCUCGUUCAGCCUCAAUUAUUACGCCGCGCAAUCUGACUAUCAUUCCCACCAGCUACCAUCACAGGGAUUAGACGUCUGGAACGGUAUGGACGCCGAAAUGUACGCUCAGGAGGCGGUCCAGACUCCCCUGCAUACCGCCGCCGCUCUCCCUCUUGAGUCUAAUCCUCCACAACAACCGCAUCAACUUCCUUUCGUUUGUACCGGGGACCCAAACUGUACUAGAAGCUAUGAGAAGAAGCAUGAGCUCAAUCGCCACAUGAGGAAGCAUAGCAAGCCAUGCGCUUGUACAGUUGAGAAUUGCACUGCAAGAUUUGCGGAUAAGAAGGGUUUGGACCGACACAAGGCCACUCAUGGCAUUGGAAGGGAUGAAUUUGAUUGUCCUGAGUGCACCGAAACAUUCACAAGGGCCGAUAACCUGUACCGCCAUCGGCAAAAGCAACAUCGAUUCAUGGGUUAA